GGGAAUUUCACAGCAUAGUUCGAGAGCGUUGGACUAUGUCGCAACUCCAGAGUCUUUCGCCAUCUAUCCUUGGUGAAAUAGUUAUCGGCGCCGCCGACCCAAACUCCAGGGUUUGCCCGUCUCACCACCUCCGUCGAUUACUUUUCACAAUAUGCAUCUUUUUGCGUUUUUCUCGGUCUUUUGUUUCGUCUUCACGUUUCGUCAUGUCAGCGCCUCGGGUCUCGAUUUGGAUGCAAGGGCAUUAGGCAUUGCCGACAUUCCCGCUUGUGGACUUGUCUGCAUGAUUGCUAUUGUUCCCAAAAGUGGCUGCACCUUAGACGACACUGCAUGUAUCUGCGACAACGCUCAGCUUGGGGCAGACAUUCCAGCAUGUAUGCUCGCGAAUUGUACGAUGCAAGACAGUCUGGAUACUGCCAGGGUACAAGCCGAUCUUUGCAAUCUCUCCGAUGAAUCGCAACGGCUGGACAUGUUUAUGUGGACUGGUGUCAUAUACUCCAUGGCCGUCGUCUUUGUUGUUCUUCGAAUCAUCGGCAAAUUGGUAAACAAGCGGCUAGCGAUGGACGACUACAUAACGGUCUUUGCUUUGGUAUUGUGCGCAGUACCUGCAGGAUGCACUUUGGCUAUGACGGAACGUGGCUUCGGUGAGCACCUGUGGAAUCUCGAAGACGGAGCCCUUUCGCCCAUCCUUCGCUAUUUCUAUAUCUCUUGGUCGACCUAUAUCGCUGUUCUUGGUCUCAUCAAGCUCUCUCUCAUUGCUUUCUACCUUGAGAUCUUCCAAACGCGAAGCUUUCGGAUCACUGCUUAUAUCUUUGGAGCUGGCAUCAUCAUUAACUCGACCGUCAUCGUCUUCUUGACAAUCUUCAUAUGCACUCCAGUCGAGUCGUUCUGGAACCGAGACAUCAAAGGGAAGUGCCUCGACAUUCAGGCAGUACCUCUCGCAAACUCGAUAAGCGCCAUCGUACAAGACGUGCUGCUUUUGAUCCUGCCUUUGUUCUUCAUCCGCAACUUACAAAUGAGACGCCAUCGAAAAGUUGCUGUAUUCUUCAUGUUCGCUAUCGGCACGUUUGGAUGCAUAGCGACCAUCAUCCGCCUCUUCGUGUUGCUCACGUUCAAGAUCUCGGUGGAUCCUACCUGGGACUACGUGAAGGUCACUGUCUGGACAGAGUUGGAACUUGCGGCAGGCUUCGCUUGCGUAUCGCUACCAUCAAUCCGGAUACUAGUCGUCAAGAUGCUGCCCAAGAACAUCAUCGAGUUCUUUUCCCAAGUCACCCACUCCUCAAAACAGAAGAAUUCGGACCCGAAGAACGCACACGCACAUGCGGCUCCAGUAGAAGACUCUGGGAAGAAGGAGUGGCGCAAGCCUCAAGGCUGGGAUUGGGUCUCACUGGGUGCCGAAGAGAGUGAAUCUCCACUGGCAACCAGAAAGAGUAUGGUGAGCGGACGCUGGCCGUGGGUCGCGACAUCACCUCUCACCUCACGCUUCUCUUCGCAUCCGCGCAACGGUUCUCGCCUCCUUAGCUCAGCGAUGAGCGAUCAUGACGAAACUGAUACUCGGAUUCGGGCUUGGUCAGCACGAGAGGCGGAAGCUCAGAAGAAUGCUAUGGAACUCCGCGAGGUUCCACGAGAUGAGAUUGAAGUUGAGGGUGUACGCGUGAACAUUGCCAACGAAGUCACGGCGUUGCCAAAGAUUGGGUGUCUACCCGAGCGAUCAUACUCACAUGAGCAUGAACGUACAAGAGGGUCCAAGUGGUUAUUCAAGAAGCAGAAGCGGAGUCGAAACGAGCCUGUAUAAUCAAGACGCUAAAUAUUCUUUAUAUGUUCAAACCAUCCUGUUGCAGCCACAACACAGUUCCACUUCCCAACCCCCAUCUUCCAUCGCCAUUGUAACUCGUACAUUUAGCAAGAGCCGCUGAUUCGUCCCUCUACGCCAUCAUAACCGUAGUAUUGAUGGCAUCAGCCUGCCUCUGUUUAUCUGACCGGAUCCAUGCG